UAGAUCUAGAUGUAGUUGAAAUUCUAGGUCUAGAGACAGAGAGAGUUAUAGAUCGACUCUAUGAUAAUUAUUAUCAGUAUAGACUACUAUAGUAGAUCUAUAUCAGUCUAGACCAUAUUUUAGACCUAAAUAAGGUUUAAUGAUAGUCUAAUCAUUAAAUGCUACUCUAGUAUAAGUCUCAUUCAACUCAUUGGUAGAUCUAGAUUUUUUUCUAGAUCUAAUUUUAAUUUAACUCGGACUUGUCUACAGUCAAGUAAAGGCCUAAAGUAAUCGUGAUGAGCAAGAUAUAAUAGAUCAAAAUAAUGGAAGAAAAGUCAGCCAUAAGGAAUUCUCUUAAAAAAUUACUGCCUGAAAAGCCUGAAGAUUUGCUGUCUAUAAUAUCAGAGAACACAGUGAUUGAAAACUCAGUGCUAAGCCUGAUUGAUGAAGCUGUACAGAAUCUCUAUCAUGGAAAUGACACUAAAGCUUUGGAUUUAUGUGAACCACUUUUAGACAAAGUUUGGGAAGAGUUAAACACUGGAUAUUGGAAGGAUGUCCCCAUGUGCUGGCGACAAGUCUAUUCAUUAGUAUCGGUGAUCAAAGCCCUUAGUGAGAGUGCUCUGUUAUCAGAUUCUUCUAGAAACAUUGAUCACAUGACCAUUUUGAAAACAUGUGACAUGGGUUUACUCAUGGGAGCACCUAUACUUAAUAACAUAUUGGCCAGAAUGUCAAGGGAGUUUCAAGAAGCGUUUGGAAUUCUUGGUAAAUGGAAAAGAGAGAAAACUGACGAGGACAGCUUGGAUUUUACUCAAGAAAAAAAACAAAAAUGUGAAGAUCCCAAAACUACAAAUGACUCAUCGGAAAGGAAAGAUGAAACUGCCUCUGAUUUCAUUUCACUUCCUCCUCCAAUAAAAACUCAGAAAACUAGAGAAGUACCGCGCUGCUCUUGCCCAUCUGUUGAAAUGUUUCAGGCAAUGUUUCAUGACCCUCGACAUCCAGUCAUCAUCACAGAUGCUAUAGGCUAUUGGCCAGCACUGACCACCCGUAAAUGGAGCAUUGAUUACCUGCGCUCAGUUGCGGGCUGCCGAACAGUUCCGGUGGAAAUAGGAGCCAGAUACACAGAAGACAGCUGGACACAGAAAUUGAUUACUAUCAAUGAGCUGAUAGAUAUAUACAUGAAGAAUGCCAACUCAGAGACCAAAGCCUAUCUGGCACAGCAUCAGCUGUUUGACCAAGUCUGGGAAUUGCGAGAUGACAUCAGUGUCCCUGUGUACUGUUGCCUUGGAGAUGAUGAAGAUGUAGAUAUCAAUGCAUGGUUUGGCCCAGCUGGUACAAUUUCACCUUUACACCAGGAUCCCAAGCACAACUUCCUUUGCCAGGUUAUGGGAGAGAAGCAUGUGAGACUUUAUUCUGAUGAGCACACAGACAGCAUGUAUCCACAUCAAAGUCACUUGCUGCAUAACACAAGUCAGAUUGACCUGGAUCACCCUGACCUUGACCAGUUUCCAAAGUUUUCUAACCUCCCUUGUUUGGAGUGUACCCUCCGGCCUGGAGACAUGUUGUACAUACCCCCCUACCACUGGCACUAUGUUAAGUCACUGUCAGUCAGUUUCUCUGUCAGCUUCUGGUGGCAGUGACUGGCUUACAAAUAUGUUGUAGAUACCUUCAUAUCACCAGCACUAUGUUUAGUCACCAUCAGUCAGUUUCUCUGUCAGCUUUUGGUAGCAGUGAUUGACUCGACUUAUGAUAUGUUGUAGAUACCUUCAUAUCCCAGGCACUGUACCAGAUUAUGGGGAUUCAAGUGUAACAUGACUGGCCUCACUUGUGCCAAAUAAGAUUAUUCAUCUUGUUACAAGCAAUGAAUAUUCUUUCAAUAAAAAGGCAGCUUUAUUGUAUAAACUUUUUAUUUUAAUUUUCAUUAUUAUAAUCCCUCUUUUCAGCUUGCAAAGUCUAUUACACACGGAUAUCGAAAACGGCACAAACGAUUUUCCUAGAAAUGGGACAUUUUAUAUAUAUAUCUUUGGGAAAAGAAUUACUAGCUAAUUGGCCACACUGGGAAAAACUGGUUUAACCGCUAUAUAUAAUUAAAAAUAGUAAUAAUAAUUAAAUUUGAUCUGAAGUUAGGGUUAGUUAAGACAUUCUAUAUCUUGAGCAAACAUGUCAGCUGGUAUUCCUGUAAGUAUUCUUGAUUAGAGAGUUAAAUAAAUAAAUAGACUUUUUUUUUCUGCACUGUCUCCUACAUCAGGGUCAAUAGGCCCAUCAUCAGAAUCUUAUUUAGAGUAACCAGGAUUUUUUUCUGGGGGGAAGGGAUAUCAGGGGGGGUAAAAAGAUUUCCUUUUUUAAAAAAAAUAAAAAAAUCUAUCAUUCAUUAGUUAUUAAGAGCUAGUUAAUCACCUAUACAAAUAUUAGUAUAAAGGAGAAUUAAAAAAACAACUUUUUGUAUGUUACUUGUUUACUUUU